AUGGCCUGCCCGUUGCCGCCCGUUGCUGCCCGUGCCUGUGCUGCCUGUUGCCGCCCGUUGCUGCCCGUGCCUGUGCUGCCUGUUGCUGCUCGUGCCUGUGCUGCCCGUUGCCGCCCGUUGCUGCCCGUGCCUGUGCUGCCUGUUGCCGCCCGUUGCUGCCCGUGCCUGUACUACCUGUUGCUGCCCGUGCCUGUGCUGCCUGAUGCCGCCCGUUGCUGCCUGUGCCUGUGCUGCCCGUUGCUGCCUGUUGCUGCCCGUGCCUGUGCUGCCCGUAACCGCCUGUUGCUGCCCGUGCCUGUGCUGCGUGUUGCCGCUCGUUGCUACCCGAGCCUGUGUUGCCUGUUGCUGCCUAUUGCUGCCCGUGCCUGUGCUGCCCGUUGCCGCCUGUUGCUGCCCGUGCCUGUGCUGCCCGUUGCCGCCCGUUGCUGCCCGAGCCUGUGCUGCCUGUUGCUGCCCGUGCCUGUGCUGCCCGUUGCCGCCCAUUGCUGCCCGUGCCUGUGCUGCCCGUUGCCGCUCUGCUGCUGUCCGCGCCCUUGUGCGCUCUGGUCUCCGUGGAACGGAGGCUAUGGGGGUGGCGGGUAUGGGGGUGAUGGGUGUGUGUGA